CCAAGUCUAUUGCCGAACAAAAGAGAUUCCCAUUUGCCACUGACAACGACAGCACAAAUGAAGAGCUAGCUAUAGCAUAUGUGUUGGUUGGCAGCGGCCUCUAUGAUGAAGCCAUAAGACAUUUUUCGACGAUGCUUCAGGAGGAGCCUGAUCUGGUUAGUGCAAUUUAUGGCCGAGGGAUAGCCUAUGGAAAGAAGGGACUACAUGACAUUAAGAAUGCUGAACUUGCUCUGUUCGAACUGAGCCGAGUAAUUACCUUGGAACCAGAUCGUCCAGAGGUAUUUGAGCAGCGAGCAGAAAUUCUGUCUCCUCUGGGACGAAUUAAUGAAGCCGUGAAUGACCUCACUAAAGCUAUUCAGCUGCAGCCCUCAGCACGGCUGUACAGACACCGAGGGACGCUGUACUUCAUAUCAGAGGAUUAUGCAACAGCCCACGCAGACUUUCAGCAGUCCCUAGAGCUCAACAGAAACCAGCCCACAGCUAUGCUGUACAAAGGGUUAACUUUCUUCCACAGAGGACUUUUGAAGGAAGCUAUUGAAUCCUUCAAAGAAGCUUUGAAGCAGAAAGUUGAUUUUAUUGAUGCAUAUAAAAGUCUAGGGCAGGCCUAUAGAGAACUGGGCAACUUUGAAGCAGCCACUGAGAGCUUUCAGAAGGCUCUGCUGCUCAACCAGAAUCACGUGCAGACCCUCCAGCUCCGCGGAAUGAUGCUUUAUCACCAUGGCAGCUUGCAGGAGGCCCUGAAGAACUUCAAGCGCUGUCUGCAGCUGGAGCCGUACAACGAGGUAUGCCAGUACAUGAAAGGACUCAGCCACGUGGCCAUGGGACAAUUUUACGAAGGGAUAAAAGCACAGACGAAAGUUAUGCUCAACGAUCCUCUCCCAGGCCAGAAGGCCAGCCCAGAGUACCUGAAAGUGAAGUAUCUCCGAGAGUAUUCUCGCUACCUUCACGCACACCUGGAUACUCCCCUUACGGAGUACAACAUCGACGUGGACCUGCCUGGAAGCUUUAAAGACCACUGGGCUAAGAACCUGCCCUUCCUCAUAGAAGACUACGAGGAGCAGCCCGGGCUGCAGCCGCACAUCAAAGACGUGUUACAUCAGAACUUUGAGAGUUACAAGCCAGAGGUCCAGGAGCUGAUUUGUAUAGCUGAUCGUCUGGGAUCCCUGAUGCAAUACGAAACACCCGGUUUCCUGCCAAACAAGAGAAUACACAGAGCCAUGGGCCUGGCGGCUUUGGAAGUCAUGCAGGCUGUACAGCGCACGUGGACCAACUCAAAGGUUCGGAUGAACGGGAAGACACGGCUGAUGCAGUGGAGAGACAUGUUUGACAUUGCAGUAAAGUGGAGACGGAUUGCUGACCCAGACCAGCCGGUGCUAUGGUUAGACCAGAUGCCAGCACGAAGUCUCAGCAGAGGUUUCAACAAUCACAUCAACUUAAUCAGGGGUCAGGUGAUUAACAUGAGAUACCUGGAAUAUUUUGAGAAAAUUCUUCAUUUUAUUAAAGACAGAAUCCUGGUGUAUCAUGGAGCUAAUAAUCCUAAAGGAUUGUUGGAAGUCAGAGAAGCUCUGGAAAAGGUGCACAAAGUAGAAGACCUCCUUCCAAUUAUGAAGUUUAAUACUAAAACGAAGGAUGGGUUCACUGUGAACACAAAAGUUCCCAGCCUCAAAGACCAAGGGAAGGAGUAUGAUGGCUUCACAAUUACUAUCACAGGAGACAAGGUUGGCAAUAUACUAUUUUCUGUGGAAACGCAAACCACAGAAGAGCGAACACAAUUAUAUCACGCCGAAAUAGAUGCACUUUAUAAAGAUCUAACAGCAAAAGGGAAGGUACUGAUUCUCUCAUCAGAAUUUGGGGAGGCUGAUGCUGUUUGCAACUUAAUCUUAUCCUUAGUUUAUUACUUUUAUAAUUUAAUGCCGCUCUCUCGUGGAUCCAGCGUAAUAGCUUACUCAGUGAUCGUGGGAGCGUUGAUGGCAAGUGGAAAAGAAGUAGCAGGAAAAAUUCCCAAAGGAAAGUUGGUUGACUUUGAAGCUAUGACCGCCCCUGGUUCAGAGGCCUUCAGCAAAAUAGCUAAAAGCUGGAUGAACUUGAAAAGUAUCUCACCUUCUUAUAAGACCCUGCCAUCCGUGUCAGAGACGUUCCCAACGUUAAGAUCCAUGAUCGAGGUGCUAAACACAGACUCCUCUCCACGUUGUCUUAAGAAACUCUAGUUACGCUGUGGUAUUUAUACAAGUAAAGGGCCGGACCUCUUGCUUCUUAAGUUAUUUUUUAAAACAUGGAAUUAUCAAGAAAAUUAGGUCCUUUAUUACUUUUGAUACCAAUUUUUGAUAGGAAUUGAAUACUUGAAAUCAUUUUCUUUACUCUUCGGAACCAUAACAAAAAUCAUGGCAGAGAGUUUUGCUGGGACAGAAAAGCUCUGUGUCCGGGAGGGGAGGCGUGUGUGGUAGCCGGCGGCCUGUUGGUUUCAUACAGCUCCAUCCUCGCAGUGGAAAAAGGCUACUUCAGAAACCAAAAAGUGAUCAUUAAAAGGAACAAGACAGACAACAAAAGGAGAGUGUUUUCAUUCCUUCAAAGAUCUGGAGAUUUUUCAAAGACCUUCUUUUUAUGCGUAUUGUGACAAGGCAUCUUGCUUCCACCUCCCGUGUUGGAACCGUGGAAGACUCGUGGCCAUCAGCCUGUGCCCGGAGCUCACGGCCGGGAACACCCCCGUUGAGUGAUGCAGACAGUAUUUGCCAGUGACUCAAACACUGAAUUAUUGAACCAUGUUUGUUUUCUUUUGGUUUUUUUCCUCUUUGUUGGAAAAAAAAUAAACAGGGGUGAUUUCUCUAAAUCACCGGUUUUCGACACUG